AUGCCUGUCAACGUUGAUGAUGAGCCACAGGCAGAUGGUGCUAGUGGCUCACUGGGAAUCCUCCCAGGCGUCUCAGAUGUUUACCUGGAGGUGGCGCAACCGGAAGGCCUCGGUUACUCAGCAGAGGCAACUUGUGAGGCCGAUGAUGAGGCGCUUGGAGAUGAUCUCAGAGGAUACAGGAAGAGGUGGGCAUGCAAAAGAAAGUUGACCGCAGAAACAGAAUACAGCCCAUCUGUGCUCCCAGAUGCAUUUCCUCCUGAACCUCCAAAAGCAGGGCUGGCAAAAGUUAGCUCCAGCAGUGACGAUGCCGCAGCUUUUGUGAACUCCUUUAUAGAUCGUAUGUCUCCCUCGCAAAUAGUGAUGCCUUGUGAGAAUGAUUUCAUGGCGCCAAUUUUUGGCAACGAAAUUGCAAGUGCGAAGCUGUCCAUGCCUGCACAGUGGAGUGACACGUUUGUGGACCCCUUGAAACAUGCAAUGCCUGAGGCAGUUCCACAGGCUGUUCAACCCGUGGAGUUCAGUAUCAUGAAGUGUGUCAGGAACCUUGCAGACAUGGACUUCAUACAAUCACGGGAGAAGCAGAUGAAACAAGCUUUGUUGAAAUUGAAGUGCGUGUUGGAGAUCGGCUGGGAGUUCAGUGGAGUUGGGAGGCUGUGCAUUGAUGCUACAGGGACACCACGCGCCGACAUGGAGGAGACGCUGGUGUCCAUCGUGGGGACUAGAUCACCAUCGACAGUCAUCAAGCGAUGCAACGCGGUGCUGGCCUUCCAGCGUUGGUUGAUAACCUGGGUGGACGCUGUGGCCUUCCCCUUCUCGGAGCAGAUGGUUUGGGACUACUUGGUCCACCUGCGCAAUUGCGGAGCUGCAGCAACCAAGGCGUUGUCAUUCAUCCAGACGCUCAGGUUCUGCCAGUACGUACUGCAGGUUGAUGGAGCUGAUGAGUGUGUGGCUAGCAGACGACUUGUGGGGCAGUCGGAGAUUCAGGCAUCCCUGAAAGGCCCAACAAAACAGGCCAGGCCAUUGACGGUGACUGAAGUUCGCAAGCUGCAGAGGUUCAUGGCAGAUCCGUCGAAUGACCUGAAAGAGAGGUUGAUCUGCAGCCAUCUUGUGCUGAUGGUAUACACAAGGAGUCGCAACAGUGACCUGGCUCAUGUUCACGACAUCUCUCAUGAUAGCACGCUCAAAGAUGGGCAUGAUGAGUUCAGCGGCUUCAUACAGUUUACAACAAGGUAUCACAAAUCGGCACGGUCAGUUGAGACGAAGUCACUGCUGAUGCCCAUCAUCGCAUGCGGUGAGUCUGUCGGGCCUGAGCCUUGGCUGGACAUUUGGAUGGCUCUCAGGAAGAAAGCCGGGUUGGCCACUUCUGGCCUUUUAGAAGGUGCCGUGAUGCCCACACCAGAUGUCAGGUCAGCUGGAACGUGGGCAGUACGACCCAUCUCUUGCGCAGAGACUACAAAGUUGCUGCGCGCUUUUCUGCAGUGCGAUGACCCGGACUUGAAGUCGCACUCAUUGAAGAGGACAGCCUUAAGCUGGGCAGCAAAAGCAGGCUUGGACAGGGAGCACCGACGCCUCCUGGGGCGGCAUGCAAGUGCGGUGCAAGGCUCAGAUAGCAUCUAUGCUACCGACCUCAUGGUGGACCCCGUCAGAGCCCUUGGCGCUGUGGUGAAGCUCAUCAGGGAGGAUCGGUUUAUGCCUGAUGGGGACAGAGCGAAUUUCUUCCCAGAAGGGAACCCGGCCAAGCCUGAUGCGCCGGUCUUCCAGCCCAGGACGCCAGGCAACUUCAAGAUGCCAAUGACGCCAGCAGUGGCGCCGCAUGAUGCACUGGAGCGGGAACUGCCUUGCCAAGAGGUCAAGGAAGAGGCGGUUGCACCCGAUGGAGCUCCAUGCAUAACAGAAGAGAUCGACCUCGUCACUACGGAGUCUGAGACCUCUACAAGUGGAGAGGAAUUCGCGACAUCAGAGCCUGAGGCUGAGGGCGAGCUAGAGCCGUCAGACGCCAACGUCCUAAAUGAGGAUGCAGAUGACGCCUGGGUUCAGCACAAGAAGACCAAGGUCAUCCACGCCAUCGCUGGUGCAGGGAGCCUGGUGUCAGGAUCGGUCUACGCCAAUGGCGAGCUUGUGCAGAACAGAGCAACCAAGUGUGGGCGGCUGGCAGGUGCCAACUUCGCGGUGGUCACCACCAUUGAGGACUGGACCUCGAAGUGCCGGCUCUGCUUCAAGGGCAAAAGGGUUGGCUUCAGCUUGAUGCCGCUGCCGAAGAAGAUCGAAAGGAGCUGCAAGGAAGAGACAACGUAUCUCUUGAUGCUCAUGGCCGGAGGCUUUGCUUUGAGUUCAACUUGGGCCGUUGCUCCCGGGUCCCGAAUGGUGGCGAAUGUGAAAGGGGCUUCCACCUUUGCAUGCGACGUGGAUGUCAUGCACCUCAUCCUGAAUCUGAACACCCGAAGGAGCAAUCCAGAAACGUUGGAAGCUGUGCAGCCUGUGGCACUCCAGGCGUUGCAGAAGAUGCGGGCUGCGACCGGCACACAAUCAAGGUCUAGCCGGAUUCCUGCCUUGGUGCCUACAUACAAGUUGAGGUUUCGGAUUGGCGGCCACUCAGACGCGCUGCCUGACAUUAAUAUUUUUCAAAGAGUGCGCAAGGAUGUUACAAUCUCCUCCUCACCAACACAGAUCCUUCCAAAAGGCUCCAAACUUUUGGCACUUGCUCCGGUGGACAACCUGGUCACGGGGGAUGAGAUGCCUGCCCAACCGGAGAUUUUCAAAGUAGGCACCCCUACCCUGGAUUCGUCGUGCGUGAUUCAGACAUGGGGGGUGCCUUGGGAACCUGAACAAUUUGUGCAGGAGGUGGUCAAAGCCGGCCAUCCAAUGGACAUGGCGACAUUCCUUCCACCAAGGUUGCAGUCCCUACUGACUAACUAUGAGACAAUGAGCAGCUGCGACAGGGUGGACAGCAGACUUACGGCAGUGAAGUUUUGGCUGAAGAGGGCAAUGGAGCUUAAAGGAUUUCAGGUGUUGGAAGCUCAAGCUGCUGUUUUAGAGGCACAGGCAGCAGCUGAAAACCUGGCUCUUGAGUUGGAACAUUCUGAAAGCAUGCAACGUGAAACCGAGAUUGCAAGUGACAUGCAUGGACCUUUAGCUGAACAGUUCACUGCGGUACCUGGUUUUUCACAUGAUGGUCAUGAUUUCUUCGGCAUGUCUUUUGAUGACAUUGAUGCGCGAUCGAGCAGUUCCCGCGGUGCAGAUGCGGCUGUUACGUCAAGUGAUGAAGUCAUUGACAACGGAGAUCAAGCUCAAGACGAGCCGAAAGAUGCCGAACCAAGCGGCAAACAAGUUUCAUCCGUCGAAGACGGCAGUGCCAACAACUUGGAGGUUUCCUUGACAACGGGACGCUCCUGGUACAUCUUUACAGACGCAUGCUAUGAACCGGAUAAUGCAGAAAAGACAGCUGGAAUUGGAGCUGUGUUGGUUGAUCAAUUUGGCAGGUACAGAGGUUUCUUUUCAGUUUUUCUUACAGAAGAUUUGCUGGCCAAGCUCAACAUCACCAAGCGGAAGACCAUCAUUUUCGAAUGUGAACUACUUGCAAUUUUUGUUGCAAUGACAUGCUGGUCACAACACUUACAAGAUUCGCAGGUGGUGGUGUGCACUGAUAAUGAGGGCGUAAAGGAUGCGCUCAUAGCUUGUCAGACCUCCAGCUACAAUGCUACCCCGAUUUUGGUAGCGCUCCUCCAACUUGAAUUUGAUUUGAAAUGGAACGCUUGGUUUAGCAGAGUUCCUUCAGAAUCCAAUGUGGCUGACGACCCGUCGCGAGGUGAGAUACAGAAACUUCUUACACAAGGUGUGCAACAAUUUCAGAUCAACCUUGACAGCAUGUGGAAUGGUCUACUGGAAUUAGCUACGAGGGGUGGCUUCGACCAGCAUUCCAUGCCCCAUGCUGUAAAAAGGUGUGACCGCAGUUUGGAGGUCCAGAGGUCUUUGCUGCCAAAGUUGCAUCCUUGCUCCAUCCUGUUUCGGUUCAGCCAGUUGGUGGCCCGUGCAAAAAUGGCUAGCAAGAUCACGGAAGUGCAGGAACUCCAUGGCGAUGAGGCCCAUCUGCCAGCCUUCAAGGUUGACAUUUCCGGGUUGACCUGCAUGACACUGGAGGUCCCGUCAGUGCAGAGCAAAGAUGCCUGGAAUAGUUUUCUGCAGUUGCUCUCGCUGGCAGAUGGCAUCGUAAUCUUGCGCAUAGCAGAUGAGGCCGAACAUGACCAGGAGGGCUACUUGGCCAAAUCGCCAUUGCUGGCAGAGGUCUACGAGAUCAUCGAAAGCCGGCCAAUGUUCAUUGUUUGUGUUUGCAAGGGCCCAGUGCGGGCUUCGCUCAUGACACUACCAGCGUUGUCGCAGCUAGUCGUGGCAACGGCGGAUGCUACGUUCGGUUUGCCAAAGUACAGACAUGAUCUGCAUCCCAUCACCACCAUUGCUUUGAAGAAGCGGCUAAUGGAGAAGGCUGUUCGUCGGCUGCAACUGGUUGGCGAUCCGAUUGAUGCGAAUGAAGCCCAGCGGUUGGGCUUGGUUGACUUUGUGGGAAGCGAGGCUGCCGUGGAAAACGAGAUAUGCCGGCUGAUCUACAGAAAUUGCUCGCCAGCAAGCCAAUACUUUAUGUACAAAUCUGACUUGGUCAAGGCAAUGCGCGAAAAAGAAGAGAACUAGGAGAUGGGGCGCCAAAGUGAGCCGGAUGGCAGGUGAAGUCCCAACAUCCAAAGUCUCUGAACCCCCGAAGCGAUCGCAGUUGUCAUGUCAGUGGGUGCUGUUUUCGUGUUUUGAGCUGUGGGGAC